AUGUACGCUCAUAAAGUUAUUUGGCACUGCACGUGUGGGUCAGAGAGUAAAACGGUCGAUGUGGACCAAAAGUUUGCUGAGCUUACAGAAGGUAUGCGCCGAAGAGUUUCACGGAAGGUUGGGCGCACGUGCAUGUUUGAGACGCAUGUCUUUGCAAAGGCUUUCAAGUGGGCGGAAUGUAAGGCGAAUAAAUUGAUCGACAUGGAGUUGGUGAGAUUAAAGUGGCCGCUCACCGAUGACGGCAACCCGAUUUGGCACCAGAAUCAUGAUGUAGUUCCGUCGUGGCCAGCCUCGAGCGAGGCGAAGAGGAAGCUAGCUGAGAUGAGGAUGGAAAGACUCGGCUCUUUCCUAUCUUCAAAGGGCUCUAAAUAUGGAGAAUGA